CUCCCUCCCUCCCCAGUCCUCCUUUCCUUCUUUGAUGUCUCUCCUGCAAGGGCUGCAUCGCUGUCCCUUCACUCCUGGGAUGGUCGGGAUUUCCUAGCACCUCUCAUUAGCACAGGCAGAACUUGGCAGAAGACCAAGGGGUUCCUUCCAAUCUUGCAGAGGCUUCCUGAGAGCACAGAUGGAUAAGCGAGAUUCAGCUGGCCCAGGAGCAGGAAGAGGCAAUGCCAUCCAAACUGGGAACAGUGGGGGAUUCUGGGAAAACUCUGUGCAGAAGAUGCUGGGUGAGGAGGACACCCUCCGCUCAGAGGGGCAGAGCCAGCAGUUGAGGCAGUUCUGCUGCCAGGAGGCCAAAGGGCCCCGAGAGGUUUGCAGCCGACUCUACCACUUUUGCCACCAGUGGCUGAAGCCAGAAAGGCACACGAAAGCUGAGAUGCUGGACCUGGUGAUCUUGGAGCAGUUCCUGGCUGUCCUUCCCCCAGAGAUGGAGAGCUGGGUGAGGGAAUGCGGAGCGGAGACCAGUUCCCAGGCGGUGGCCCUGGCCGAAGGUUUCCUCCUGAGUCAGGCAGAGGAGAAAAGGCAGGGAAAGAUUCUCUUUGCAGAAAUGGACUUGGAUACCUUUGAGGCAGAGAGGCCUCCGUUUGACACCAGAGAGAGGCCACUGGGUGACAGAACAAAGCCAGCAAGACCUCCUUAUUCACCUUUUCAUGGGAGCAGAAGGGAAUCAGUGGCUGUGGAACCAGAUCAGGCAUAUCCGCAACUGAGCGUCCUUUCAGCUUUGGCCCAGCCGCUUCAUCAGCUCUGAAUCUACUUGUACUUGUCCUCCGCUCUUCCUCAGUAGCAUGUUGGACGCCUUACGACCUGAGGGGCUCAUCUUCCAGCAUCAUAACUUUUAUAUGCCUGUUGUCUUUGUCCAUGGAGUUUUCUUGGCAGGGAUACUGGAGUGGCUUGCCAGUUCCUUCUCCAGGUGGAUCAUGUUUAGUCAAAACUCUCCACUAUGACCUGUCCAUCUUGGGUGGCCCUGCAUGGCAUAGCUCAUAGCUUCUCUGAGUUAUUCAAGCCCCUUCGCCACGACAAGGCAUUGAUCCAUGAAGGGGUCAUGAGGCCUUAAACACAGCCAAGUCUGUGAAUAUUGUCUUCUUGCUAAGAAAGAGUAAACUCCAGCUGUGAACUGUGGGAUUUCCUGCCCAGAUGACUCUGUGACACCAGCCUUCUGAAUGUCACCAGUAGGAUUCAUCUGUAGUUGCAGUUUUCAUGGAAUCCUAGAUUUGAAAGGGACCCCAAGGGUCAUCAAGUUGAACCCCCUGCAUUGUGGGAAUCUCAGCUAGAUCAUCCAAGGCAGGUGGCCAUUCAAACUAGGCUUAUUUACUAUCUAUAUUCAUCAUUGAAUGCUAAAAUAGGCUAAGCAGUGGACAGACGAUUACAAAUAGUGUCCAGGAUUCACCUAACCAGCCCCGUCUGCUGCAAAAUGGGGCCUGCCCCCCAUUCCUUCCCCUCUCCAUGCCCCCAUGAACCCCUUGAAUUUGGCUCUAGGGCACUGGGAGGGAACUCCCCAGAACAGCUCACGAGGAGAGGAGAAAGUGGAUCUUUACAUCAAGGAAACUGGAAUGCUUGCGUAGGGAGAAUGACUUGAAAACCACAAGGAGGAGUACCACCUAUUUGCACAAAAGAAACAACCAUAAUUUAAAGCUGAUUAAAAUAAUUCAAUUAAAACAUCAAAAUAGGCGAGGCUUCCGGUUUGCCGCGUUGGCAAGAGGACGCAGAGACCCAUCGCGGAGGGGGGGGGAAGUCCGUGGGGCGCGCGGACUCCCCAUAAGAACACCGGAAAGAGCGUUCCGGUGGCUUAGCAGCCCGGCGGAGCUCCGGACGCGAUUCCUCCGCUGCCCGGGAGCUCAGUAGAGCGACCGAGAGCCAGCGGAGUGGAGUCGCGGGAGCCAUUUUGGGCAACAUCGUCGCCUCCUAGAAGCGAAGCCCCGAGUCUUCAACCAGCAAGCGGCGGAUUUUCCUUACCAAAAGAAAAAUUCAGACUAAGUAAGUGAAAUCUCCAAUUGGGAUUAAGAUUUAGAAUCGGAAACAUAGGAAGAGGUUCAAAAAAACGGGAGUCGAUCUCUUCCUACGGUGGAGCUAAGAAGUGGUAAAAUGCUCCAAAGCCGAUAAGUAACUGACUGUGUCUGGAAACCCUAAAUAAAUUUCUGGGGGAAACCUCUUAUCAGCCCUGGGGCCGGCACCCCACGAGGCCCAGCAAAGAAAUAACGUGAAUGAAGUUUGACAGCUGUCAAAAAAUAAGUGUGGUGAAAAAUUGGCGAGUGAUAUUAGUGGGAAAUCUGAAAAAUUGAAUUGUUUGGACUAUGAAAAGGGAUUGCCAAGAUGGAUGCUACUGUUUGCGAAGACGGAAAUUCCAUUGUCUUUGUCUUCUAAUCUCCAUUCUGCUUGUGACUGUGAAAAAAUGUCAACAUCCGGAGCAUGUGCCUUCCAACAGACUGUGUUGGGUUAUUUGGAAAUACUGCAAGAUCUCUUAAAGGGACAGCAACAAUUUAGCUCUCUGUUAACCAGCUUUGUGGAACAUGGACAGGACUUAAAUGAUAUUUUGGCAAAUGAAAGGGAUCUUAGAAACCAAGACUUGGUGGAUGCACAACAAAUCAAGAUAAAGGAAGAAGAAAAGGUCCAACAUGAAGAGAAGAAUUCUAAAAAAAAUAAUUGAGAAAUUAAUCAUAGUGAACGAUGCACGACAAAUUAAGGUAAAGGAAGAAGAAAAGGUCCAAUAUGAAGAUAAGAACUCUAAAAAAAUAAUGGAGAAAUUAAUGACAGUGGGACAGCAUCACCAAUUAUGGGCAAUGACUUUUGAAGGGAAUGGGGAGGCUUGGGAAAAUGCAACUGAGCAAGGAGAGGGUAUUGGGAUGUUGGGAAAGCAGAGGGAGGGGAAGACAAAGACUGGGAUUGUAAAAUGGGAUAGAUCUGGCGUGGGUUGAAAAAAUUGGUAAAAUUAUUUUUAGGAUAGUCGAAAAAUGGUUGUGAAAUCUUGGCUUGAUAAUGGAAAUGCUGAUCCGAUUAGGGGAAAGAAUCCAGGGGUGAAGAGGUUAGAAAUGUGAAUAAUUAUCUGAUAUUU